CUGCUGCGCACUCCCUACCCGCACAAAACGCGGCCACGGACACAGGGUUCCUUUUGGUCUCUUGGCUCGCGCUGUGCUAUGGCAAUGUUAAGUAGGAACCUGUUCCAGAGUAUAAUCGUUGCUGUCUCCUCUGUGCUCUUUGCAUUAUGGGCACAGGAUAUCUCUAGCCCUUGGAUUCGUCUCUUAUUCUACGCCGAAGCUGCAGUCCAAGCAUUGCUCUCGCUUUCUGGGUUCAUCAACAAUGGCUCCCGUGGUAAAAAGGGAUUCUUGUAUCACGAACACGGCAAUGUGUAUCUGCACAAUCUGAUCGCCGUCAACACAGGAGUUUUGGUCACUAUCCGCCUUUGUCUUGUUUUUCACGUUCAGUACCAGGAGAAACGUGCAUUGCCGGUGGUAGCAGCAGGAAUGUUAUUGCGACAUUUGAAGUUCCACCAGGCAUUCGGAAUCCUGAUUCUGGUCAACUUCAUCUGGGCUUGGGUCGACCAGUCGUUGGCAGUGGCAUUAUACAGCGUGAAUUGCGCUGUGGCUUCUAUUCUGAAAGGCAGGUUCCCGUCCUGGGCGGCCGAGAUUCUGAACAUUUCGAUAUGGUUCUUCAUGAAGCGUGAUUUCUCGUAAUAAAUCGGAACGGACAUUAUGGACAUAAUAUAUGGUGGGUUAGGGAUAUUAGGGUAUUAUUCAGUCCAUUAAAAUAAAAUGGCCCCGUUUCUAUUGACACGGUUAUUUGCCAAUAUGUAUAUCCUCGC